UUUAUAAAAAAUAAAAAUCCUUUAAAAAGUAUCAAUAGUCUCUUUUCAAUCUUUAUGAAUAGCAAUUCUAUUCCCCCCUCUCCAUUUCAUUAACUAAGAUUGACUCCAAAGAUAAUUCUGCUGUCAUCAAAUCUUUCCUUUUUGUCAUUUUCCUAUUGGGUAAACAUAGGAGGAAAAUAAAUUGCAUGACGCAGGACAUUAAUACCCUUUAAUUAGCCUUCAAUUAUUUGCCUUGAGUCUUCUCUGCAGUUAGGAGGCCAAAGCAACCUGCUGCCAAGCAAGAUCCAACAGACACAAGGAAAGGUGCAAUUAUGAAGAGUUUUUUUCUAGUUGUGAAUAUGCUGGCAUUAACCCUGCCAUUUUUGUGUGCAGAGGUGCAAAACCAGGAACUAACAUGUCAUGAGAAUGAUAAAAGACUGUUCAAUCAAAAGACAGUCAAAUAUAUUCCAAUUCAUUAUGUUCUGAAGAGCUAUCCUCACUCUGAACUCAAUUACUACCAAUAUAGACCAGCUGUAUCAAUUAACAGCCAAUAUGUGCCUCACCCAUACUAUGCAAAACAAGUGUCAGUUAGACCAUAUGCCCAAAUUCCUCAAUGGCAAGUUCUGCCAGUUAUCUACCCACCCACUAGAGUACGUCACCCAUACCUAUAUCCACGAUUUAUUGUCGUUCCCCCAAAGAAAAUUCAGGAUAAAACAGUCAUCCCUACCAUCAACACCAUUGCUGCUGUUGAACCUACAUCUACUCCUACCAUUCAACCAACAAUUGUAGUUAUUCCAGAAGCUUCCUCAGAAUUCAUCACAAGCACAUCUGAGGCCACCACAGUCACAUUUACUUCACCCGCGGUUUAAAAACUCUAUGGAAGCAUCAAAGAAGACAAUACAGGUAAAUGA